AAAUCGUUUUGCACUCUGAUCCAAGACAACAGGACAACAGUGUCAAAAUAUUCUGGGGGAAAUUUCAAAGUACAAAUAGGUAAAGUCUAUUUUGUCGUGAGAAUUGAAUUGCCUGUAAAUUUCAAGUCUCAAAAUGUCCCACACUUGCCCGGUCCAUAAUAAGGACUCAAAUGCUUUGACCAUUACCAAAUCUGCUAACUCGGACGACACCAAGAUCGCGAUGUGUGCUUCCUUGGAGCUGGACAACUGCCGGGCUGAGAACUACCAGCUGAAGAAGAAGCUAAUCGAGUACGAGGCCACCAUCCGGAGCCUCGAGCAGCUGGUGUCCACCAUUGCCGAGAAGCAGCACCAGAUCCUCAGCGAGGUAGUGGAGCUGCGCAAGGAGAGUCGUGCCGCUCCGAUGGAGAACACUCCCCAGGAGGAGGACAUAAUGGGCGACUCGUCCGGUGUCCUCCAGGACGACGACGGGGAUGAGGAUGGUUAUAGGCCAGAUUCGGAAUCGGAAGCCAACGAUACCCAGUCGCCGCUACUCUCUACCAAUUCCUCGUUGGCUUCGCUGGUUUCCUUGUGCUUUUCAUCGACCAGCUCCAUGGGCACAUCCUUGGCCGAUGCUAGCUCAGGUUCCGACUACGAAAGGAAUCUAUUUAACGAAAUGGAUUUGUCAGAUCAAUCGGAGGACCAUGAGGAAGCCGAUCCGCUUUCAAUCACACCUGAUCCAGAAAUUUCGCCAAUACAGGAUUACACCUCUGAGUCCGAUGGCGAACAGUAAACCCAAUCGCAAAUGUAUUUCCACAUAUUGCCGAAAUAGAGUA